AUGACGAUCCUCUUGGCAACACACGACCACUGCCUCCGUCGUUCAACGCUAUCCAGCCAUUGUGUUGGCCGUCCUCACCACGCGCGCCUUCCUGCGCUGAUCCGUUUGCUGACGCUCCGAUGCACAUCCUGUACACCUCGGGUUCGGACAUGGCCGUGCGCCCAUCUUCACAGGGAUCGCGCAUUUGACCGAUUGCAAGCAGUUGACCGAGAUGGACGUCAAGCGGUUGUGCGACAAAGUCAGUCGGCGAAUCGGCUCCAGCGACGCUGACGUCCACAAUGAUCUGCGCUUGGCGUACGUGCCCUGCGCGACCGGCAAUCACAAACUGACUCAAUCCGCUCCUCCCCCCAUCUACUCGAUCGCGCAGGCACGUGAGAUCCUCGUCGACGAAUCCAAUGUUCAACCCGUCAGAUGCCCCGUCACCGUCUGCGGUGAUAUCCACGGUCAAUUCGUGCGUCUAUACCCUGGCCUUCCCGCACAUCAAAUGCCCUUGUCUAUGACCGGAACUGACUGGGUCAGAUUGACUGACUGCCUACUUCUAGCACGACCUGUCUGAGCUGUUCCGAAUCGGUGGCAACUCGCCCGACACCAACUACCUCUUCAUGGGUGACUACGUCGACCGUGGCUACUACUCGGUCGAGACGGUGACCUUGCUCGUCGCGCUCAAAGUACGCUACCGUGACCGAGUGACCAUCCUCCGAGGCAACCACGAGUCGCGGCAGAUCACCCAGGUCUACGGCUUCUACGACGAGUGCCUGCGCAAGUACGGCAACGCGAACGUGUGGAAAUUCUUCACCGACCUGUUCGACUACCUUCCCUUGACGGCCCUGAUCGACGACUCUGUGAGUCCGCUCGGGUGUUUCCUCGAGUAGGAUGCGCACUGAUGCGCGAUCGUCCGCAAUAGAUCUUCUGUCUCCACGGUGGUCUUUCCCCCUCCAUCGACACGCUCGACCACAUCCGCUCGAUCGACCGAAUCCAGGAAGUGCCGCAUGAAGGCCCGAUGUGCGAUCUGCUCUGGUCCGAUCCGGAUGACCGCUGCGGAUGGGGCAUCUCGCCACGUGGUGCAGGGUACACGUUCGGACAAGAUAUCUCCGAGGCGUUCAAUCACAACAAUGGGCUGACGCUUGUUGCUAGGGCGCAUCAGGUGAGCUGAUCCGAAGGCGUACGUCCGUGAUCAUUUCCGUGCUGACGCUCCACCUUGGCUUGCUCGACCCGUAGCUUGUGAUGGAGGGAUAGUGAGUUCGAGUGAGACGCAUCGCUUGGAUGGGACAUGCUCUGAUCAUCCAUGCUGCUGAAAACUACAGCAACUGGUCGCAUGAUCGGAAUGUCGUGACUAUCUUCUCGGCACCAAACUACUGCUACCGCUGCGGCAACCAGGCCGCGAUCAUGGAGAUUGACGAGAAUCUUAAAUACACAUUGUGCGUGCACGUUAUCUCGUCACAUGUUGCCCGUUACUCACUGACUCGCCCCGCUCCGUCGUACACCUUGUAGCCUGCAAUUCGACCCGGCGCCGCGAUUAGGCGAGCCGCUGGUUUCGAGGAGGGUGCCUGACGUGAGUUGAGCUUCCGCCGGAGUCCGCCCUAUUCGGCAAACAUUGUACUGACGUUCUGCUCACGAUUCCUUACGUACAGUAUUUCCUGUAA